CAAGUUUAGUUUUCACAUGAGUUCAAACAAUUCGGUAGAAAAAGGUCAACCAUGCACUCUCCUCAAGAAACUUUGUCAUUCAAAUAAAUCUGGUUUGGAUCCGUUGACGAAAAAACAAAGGCCCGUUAGGCAAAAGACUGAUGAUAAUGGGCCUGAUUAAAAACGGUACCCUUUAUUGUCGUUUUGGGAUAAGCUGGAAUUUUGCCGCUGUGUUUUUUUCUACUUAUUUCCGUCACUGCUUUCGACUGGUCAGAGAUUUUGACUCUGAAUUGUUGCAGAUAGCAAUGGCGUCUGGAGCAGUAGCAGAUCAUCGUAAGAAAAUUUUGGUUUUAUCUCGAAUUUCACUUUUCAGAUUUCGCAUUGAGAAUUUGGGACUAUUUGUAUCUUGCAUUGAAUUUGGUUUUGCUUGCUUUUUGGUUAGAAAUUGAAGCGGUUUCAGGAAAAAGAGUCGCAGUCGUAGGUGCAGGUGUAAGUGGACUUGCGGCGGCUUACAAGUUGAAAUCGAGGGGUUUGAAUGUGACUGUGUUUGAAGCUGAUGGAAGAGUAGGUGGGAAGUUGAGAAGUGUUAUGCAAAAUGGUUUGAUUUGGGAUGAAGGAGCAAACACCAUGACUGAGGCUGAGCCAGAAGUUGGGAGUUUACUUGAUGAUCUUGGGCUUCGUGAGAAACAACAAUUUCCAAUUUCACAGAAAAAGCGGUAUAUUGUGCGGAAUGGUGUACCUGUGAUGCUACCUACCAAUCCCAUAGAGCUGGUCACAAGUAGUGUGCUCUCUACCCAAUCUAAGUUUCAAAUCUUGUUGGAACCAUUUUUAUGGAAGAAAAAGUCCUCAAAAGUCUCAGAUGCAUCUGCUGAAGAAAGUGUAAGCGAGUUCUUUCAACGCCAUUUUGGACAAGAGGUUGUUGACUAUCUCAUCGACCCUUUUGUUGGUGGAACAAGUGCUGCGGACCCUGAUUCCCUUUCAAUGAAGCAUUCUUUCCCAGAUCUCUGGAAUGUAGAGAAAAGUUUUGGCUCUAUUAUAGUCGGUGCAAUCAGAACAAAGUUUGCUGCUAAAGGUGGUAAAAGUAGAGACACAAAGAGUUCUCCUGGCACAAAAAAGGGUUCGCGUGGGUCAUUCUCUUUUAAGGGGGGAAUGCAGAUUCUUCCUGAUACGUUGUGCAAAAGUCUCUCACAUGAUGAGAUCAAUUUAGACUCCAAGGUACUCUCUUUGUCUUACAAUUCUGGAUCAAGACAGGAGAACUGGUCAUUAUCUUGUGUUUCGCAUAAUGAAACGCAGAGACAAAACCCCCAUUAUGAUGCUGUAAUUAUGACGGCUCCUCUGUGCAAUGUGAAGGAGAUGAAGGUUAUGAAAGGAGGACAACCCUUUCAGCUAAACUUUCUCCCCGAGAUUAAUUACAUGCCCCUCUCGGUUUUAAUCACCACAUUCACAAAGGAGAAAGUAAAGAGACCUCUUGAAGGCUUUGGGGUACUCAUUCCAUCUAAGGAGCAAAAGCAUGGUUUCAAAACUCUAGGUACACUUUUUUCAUCAAUGAUGUUUCCAGAUCGUUCCCCUAGUGACGUUCAUCUAUAUACAACUUUUAUUGGUGGGAGUAGGAACCAGGAACUAGCCAAAGCUUCCACUGACGAAUUAAAACAAGUUGUGACUUCUGACCUUCAGCGACUGUUGGGGGUUGAAGGUGAACCCGUGUCUGUCAACCAUUACUAUUGGAGGAAAGCAUUCCCGUUGUAUGACAGCAGCUAUGACUCAGUCAUGGAAGCAAUUGACAAGAUGGAGAAUGAUCUACCUGGGUUCUUCUAUGCAGGUAAUCAUCGAGGGGGGCUCUCUGUUGGGAAAUCAAUAGCAUCAGGUUGCAAAGCAGCUGACCUUGUGAUCUCAUACCUGGAGUCUUGCUCAAAUGACAAGAAACCAAAUGACAGCUUAUAACAUUGUCAAGGUUCGUCCCUUUUUAUCACUUACUUUGUAAACUUGUAAAAUGCAACAAGCCGCCGUGCGAUUAGCCAACAACUCAGCAAAACCCAGAUUCUCAUAAGGCUCACUAAUUCCAGAAUAAACUAUUUAUGUAUUGUUUGGUCUGUUUUCUUGUUGCAUCACUGGUAUGGUCUGUCUAGGUAGAAGAAUAUGAUAGGGUGAGGGAUUUUAGGAUUGAAGAAUCUUUAAAACAAAUUGCUGAUAUUGUCUUAUCUUGAAGAUAUCAUUUCUGCUCUCUAGACAAGUUGGAGAGAAACUUGUUUGGUUUCUGGUGGGAAGGGGAUGUUGAUGUUUUAAUUGUUUUUUCUCCAAAGCCACAACCAUAAGAUGGUCCCAAAAAGGUUGUCCUAAUGUUAGAUGUUAGUAUCUGAAUGCCCGUUUCUGUUCGUCCCACAUGCUCUCCCGGUUCCAAUUUCGUGGAGUCUUAUGUUAUGUCUUAUCAUUCUCCUAUAAAGCGUUAUCUGUCUUAACCCAUAAUGUCUUGUUAAGUCUCUUUUUGAUACCAAAGCAGAAUCAGUAAUAGAGCUUGCAUUGUUCUCUAGUCCUUUUGUUCCUUUUUGUGGUAUGCUUAAUAAUGAUGGUUACAUAUCUUUUAUGUUUAUAUUAGUUUUAUAAUUUUAAUGGUAAAUCAUAAGUUAUAACACUAACAGUAUUGAAACAUCAUAUUGGCUAUGAAAUAUACUAGGUUUUAGUAACAUCCUGAAAAUGCUAACGAAAGUAUUAGCCAAAUUUUAAAGCAUCAAUUGUGAUUACACUCACGAUUGUCAAUUUAAAAAAAACAAAAUGUUUGUUAAACCUUUUUUUUUUUUGUGCACCAACAA